GUGGCAUCGUGCUGUUUCCUUGAAUCGUUUGCUUUCGUGGAUAGUCGUUGGUGUCGCAGUAGUUCAACCGUUCAUCAUGUCUAAGCGAGGAAGAGGAGGAGCAGCAGGAGGCAAGUUCCGAGUGACUCUUGGUCUGCCAGUUGGUGCCGUCGUCAACUGUGCUGAUAACACAGGAGCUAAGAACUUGUACGUGAUCAGCGUGAAGGGCCGCAAAGGUCGCCUGAACAGACUACCCGCCGCCAGUGUGGGCGAUAUUAUUGCUGCCACGGUGAAGAAAGGCAAACCUGAGCUAAGGAAGAAAGUGCAUCCCGCCGUCAUCAUCAGACAGAGGAAGAUGUUCAGGAGGAAGGAUGGCACAUUCAUCAACUUCGAAGAUAAUGCUGGUGUUAUUGUCAACGUUAAAGGAGAAAUGAAGGGCUCAGCCAUCACGGGACCCGUCGCCAAGGAAUGCGCUGACCUGUGGCCCAGGAUUGCCUCCAACGCCAGCUCCAUUGCUUAAUAAACUUCGGCGCUGAUGUGAUC